AUGGAGACGCAUCAUUCCAGGGCUGUCAGUGGUUCUAGACCAUUGGCGGCCGGGAGUCCGGCCCCGUAUGGCCGUGCUUGUGUAGAUUGCGCGAGGAGUAAGUGCAAAUGUAUCGUGAGGACGCCUGGGGGGGCUUGUGAGAGAUGUUAUCGCUUGAAUCGGGAAUGUCGUCCCGCGCCGACAGUCCGAGCAAAGCAUGCUCGGAGAACAGCGGCCUCCAAGGCUAUCCAGCUCGAGCAAAAGCUCGACAACAUCGUUCAACUUCUCAAAAACAACAAUCAACUUCUCCCCGCUACCGCUGAGUCGAGUGAUGAAAGCCUCAAUCACAGCUCAACAAAAGAUAGCUCACCUUCAGCAACCUCGUUUGUAGCUUCAACGUAUGGUUCAUACAAUCACGUCUCGAAUUCAGCGAUCAACUCUCUGAACUUCGCUCCGACUUUAGGACUUCCCGAGCCUUUACCUACAGAUGGCGAAGAAUGUCUUCAUGAUUUUCGGACCCAUAAAUUACCGUUUGUUCCCUUUAUACAUAUUCCACCUACUACCUCGUCCGAGCAACUCUUUCGGGAAAGACCCUUCUUGUGGUACUGCAUUGUGCUUGCUUCGACCAAAUCGCGCUCACAGCAAGAAGAACUGCCGCUUAAAGUUCGAACCAUGCUAAGCGAAGCAAUGGUGAUUGGACAAGAACACAAUCUCGAUUUGCUACUCGGUGUACUUGUUUGUGUUGCUUGGUGCGUCAAUGAUGUCCGAGUGAAAAAACCAUCAUUGGCAGUGUUCACCCAAUUGGCGAUAUCCUUGGUAUUUCAACUCGGCCUCAACAAACCUCCAGGGUCCAGUUUCCAGACGAUGUUGUUUAAUUGCAAGAUAAACGCACCAGAAGCAUCCAGACAACUUGACAGCGCUGUCCGGACCUUAGAGGAACGAAGAGCCAUUCUAGGCUGCUUUCUAAUCACCUCCUUUGUGUCUGCGUUCCUCCGAUACAUGGAUCCAUUGCGGUGGACGCCCCAUAUGAAUGAAUGCCUCGAAGUUCUUGCGGAGGCCAAAGAAUUUCCGACAGACGACACCUUGAUUCAACUAGUUCGGAUGCAACUAAUUGUCGAUAAAGCUGUACAUUUCUCUGCGCAACAUGGAGAGGUAGCGAGCAAUGACUUUUCCCGGAUACCACCAGCUCUCUACAGACUUGCACUACAAGGCCAGCUCCAGGAAGUAGAGAAGAAUCUUUCCGGUAAUGUCCAGCAUGAAGUCGUACUAUUGCAUCUCCAUAGUACUGCUCUCUACAUCAGCGAGCUUGGAAUCUUAAAGUCAGCUGCCUCUGCCAAUAAUACGGACUUUCAGGACGUCGAAUGUUUGUACGCCUCUCUACGCUCCCUCAAGUCCUGGCUUGACAUCUUCUUCACCAUACCGCCCGCCAGGUACACCGGAAUCCCAUUUUCUAUCUUUUCUCAGUUCAUGCGCUGCCUCGUGGUCCUCUACAGGCUCUCGGCAAUAGACGAUCCAGGAUGGGAUAAGCAAGUGGCCCGCAACACCUACAAUGUUGCUGAAGUUCUCCGCAUGGUCUCCACCAACCUGCUCGCAAGUGACGUGUACCCGAGAUAUGCGGAGACUUUUAACGCUACGAGAGAGAGAUGGGAGGCUAAGCUGGCUGCCUUAAGCAUCAACACAGCGGCACCGGUCGUUCCAGAGACGGACUUGGAGAUGCCGAAUCUCAGUAUGGACCUUCCAGAGAACUGGUGGGUGUCGGACGUUUUCUCUGCCUGGGAUUUCUAGAAUGCAUGCAAGGUGGGCUCUUCAACCAGAGACGACAUUCUCGCAACCAGACGAUAUCACAUGUCUUUACGACUACAAAGUGUAAAAUCACACAAGCUCAG